AUUGAAACGUCACGCAAGCUUAUGUAUGUUGUUAGCACAUCCAGUGUUAUGUAUUAGUCGUUAGCCAGGGGUGGUGGUUAUUAAACUCUACGAGUUAUUACUUAAAGUCAUGGCUUCUGCUUUGGAUACUCUCUGGGAAGACAGAGACGUCAGAUUUGACAUAACAGCGCAGCAAAUGAAAACUCGUCCAGGAGAGGCGCUGAUUGAUUGUUUGGACUCAAUUGAAGAUACGAAAGGAAACAAUGGAGAACGAGGACGACUUUUGGUAACAAACCUGAGAAUCAUUUGGCACUGUUUGUCCCUGCCAAGAGUCAACUUGUCUGUGGGUUACAACACAAUUAUUAACAUCACAACAAGGACAGCUAACUCUAAAGUGCGAGGCCAAACCGAAGCCCUCUACAUUUUAACCAAGUCCAACAACACGAGAUUUGAGUUCAUUUUUACUAAUUUGGUUGUAGGAAGUCCAAGGCUCUUUACCUCUGUGAUUGCUGUACACAGGGCUUAUGAGACUUCUAAGAUGUACCGGGACCUUAAACUUCGAGCUGCUCUUAUUCAAAACAAGCAGCUGAGACUCUUACCUCGAGAGCAGGUGUACGAUAAAAUCAACGGGGUUUGGAAUUUAUCUAGCGACCAGGGUAACCUUGGAACCUUUUUUAUUACCAAUGUUCGUAUUGUGUGGCAUGCCAACAUGAAUGAAAGCUUCAAUGUCAGCAUCCCUUACCUCCAGAUUUGGUCCAUUAGAAUAAGAGACUCAAAGUUUGGCCUGGCUUUGGUGAUUGAGAGUUCACGACAGAGUGGAGGAUAUGUGCUUGGGUUUAAAAUCGACCCAGUAGAAAAGCUUCAAGACGCACUCAAAGAGAUUAAUUCCUUGCAUAAAGUGUAUUCUGCCAACCCCAUAUUUGGAGUGGAUUAUGAAAUGGAGGAAAAGCCCCAACCUUUGGAAGAACUCACCGUGGAACAGCUUCCUGAUGACGUGGAAAUCGAGCCAGACGAGCAGACCGAUGCUUUCACUGCCUACUUUGCUGAUGGCAAUAAGCAACAAGACCGUGAGCCGGUUUUCUCUGAGGACCUUGGCCUCGCUAUCGAGAAGCUGAAGGAUGGCUUUACUCUUCAAGGACUGUGGGAAGUAAUGGGCUGAAAUUAAAAAAAAUAA